AUGUCAAUAGGAAAAAAAGAUUUAGCAAAAGAUGAUGAAAAACAUUCAUACACGAAAAUUAUUAAAUCUCAUGUACCAAUUUAUCGUGAAAAUCUAUUAUCCGGUGCAGCUCAUUUACCGGAAUUUAUAGGACAAUUAUGUCAUGUUACAAAAGCAACUGAAAUUGGAAAAGAAUCUCUUGAUCUUAGGAUUUCAAUGAGCCAAUUUUUAUCUUUUGUAGAUAAUCAUCAUGGUGAUGAAAAUCUUGACUCUACUAUAGAAAAACAUGAUCUUAAUAAAGCAUUUCCAAGAACUUUUAUAAUAACAACAAUGAAACGAGCAACAACAUUAUCGGGAAGAUGUGUUAUUGAAAAACAAAUUCAAUAA